UUUAUCUUUCAUCAGAGAAUGUUGUUUUCUUGUUGCUGUGUGAACUGUGACAAUGAGCUGAUUCUGGAGUCUCUUCCCCCUGGGAUGUACAAAACUCAUUACUUCUCUUCCAUUUUCACCCCCUCCUUCCCAGUUUGAGUUGAAUCUCCUUUCAGACCCUUUCACAAAUCAAUUUUGGCAGAACAAGUGGCAGGUGAAAUAUAAUGCAGGAAAGUGUGAAGUCAUUCACUUUGGUCAGAAGGUCGACAUCAAACAAAGCUGCAAUUCUCGAGGGUCUCUACGUUAAACAGCGAGUGGUGAGGAUCUGAAAUGCAUGACUUGAGAGUGCGGGUGUGGCAGGUUUAACUGAAUUGAACAAUGAUUUAAAGAAAAAAGAAAUGCAGCGUUCAGAGGAACAAUCAGGAGACUGGGACCAGGUGCUAACAGGAUGUGUAAAUGGUUGAAAAUGAGUUGGCUAUACUGGAAGCAAUCCACACAGAACAGGACCUGGGGAAGUAGGGAUGGAUAACAAACAUCCAAUUUGGCUGAGGACCCGCCUAAACAGGAGCAGGAAGAGGAGGAGGAAGAGGAAGAGGACAUGGAGAUAUCAACCAGAUCAAGAGACUCUGGUUCUGCAGAACGUGCAGGACUGAAAAGAAAACAACUUAGCCCUCAGCCAUCCUCAAAUGGACACUCACCCCAAGAUGAAUCAUUGAGUCCAAUUAAAAAGAAGAAGAAGCCUGGCUUGGCUAAUUCAAGUAAAGAGCAGUUGACACUUAGACGUGGUCCCUUUGCUUCUAUGAAGCAGCCAUUCACCAAAGACCUUCUUCAUGUUGUACCACAGGAUGGUCGAAAUGACUUCUAUUGCUGGGUGUGCCACCGGGAGGGCCAGGUUCUGUGCUGCGAGCUCUGUCCUCGUGUCUACCAUGCAAAGUGUUUAAAACUGAACGCUGAACCGGAAGGGGACUGGUUCUGUCCAGAAUGUGAGAAAAUCACAGUCGCUGAAUGUAUUGAGACUCAGAGUAAAGCUAUGACCAUGCUUACUAUAGAUCAGUUAUCUUACCUGCUGAAAUAUGCACUACAGAAGAUGAAGCAGCCAGGAACUGAGCCCUUCCAGAAGCCAGUUUCAUUAGAACAGCAUCCUGAUUAUGCUGAGUACAUCUUCCAUCCAAUGGAUAUUUGCACAUUAGAAAAGAAUGUCAAGAAGAAGAUGUACGGGUGCACUGAGGCUUUCCUUGCUGAUGUCAAAUGGAUAUUGCAUAAUUGCAUCAUAUAUAAUGGUGAUUUUUGUAUUGCAGCCAAUCACAAACUAACAGCAACAGCAAAAGUGAUCAUUAAAAUCUGCGAGCAUGAAAUGAAUGAGAUCGAAGUUUGUCCAGAAUGCUACUUGGCAGCAUGUCAGAAGAGAGACAACUGGUUCUGUGAACCUUGUAGUAACCCCCACCCUCUUGUCUGGGCUAAACUUAAAGGCUUUCCCUUUUGGCCUGCAAAAGCACUGCGCGAUAAGGAUGGACAGGUUGAUGCACGCUUCUUUGGACAGCAUGACAGGGCCUGGGUUCCAAUAAACAAUUGCUACCUCAUGUCAAAGGAAAUUCCUUUUUCAGUGAAAAAAACUAAAAGCAUCUUCAACAGUGCAAUGCAAGAAAUGGAGGUUUAUGUGGAGAACAUUCGCAAAAAGUUUGGGGUAUUCAAUUAUGCACCUUUCCGGUCGCCAUACACUCCCAACAACCAAUUUCAGAUGUUAAAAGAUCCCCAGAAUCCAGCAGCAGGAACUGCUAAACCUGAUAAAUAUGAAAAAAUGAAAUUAAACUUUGAUAUGACUGCAUCACCGAAGAUAGUUCUCAGCAAGUCCAUGUUGAUCAGUGGUCCCAAUAGGAGAAUUUCACUAACGGAUAUGCCCCGCUCACCCAUGAGUACAAACUCUUCAGUACAUACUGGUUCUGAUCUAGAAACUGAACCUGCAGAAAAGAGUAUGAAAGCAGCUUCCAGUCACUUCAGUGCAAGUGAAGAGUCCUUGGAUUUCAUCGACAGAAAUACAGCUUCUCCUGGAUCUGUGAAGACGAGUCAAGCUGGCAGUGUGUCGGGCAGCCCAAAACCCUUCUCUCCUCAGUCCUCCACUCCCAUUGCUGCUAAAUCAGAAAGGACUUUGAAAACCCCUCCUACGGGCAGCAUUCUUAACCUAAACCUUGAUCGCAGUAAAGCGGAAAUGGACCUUAAAGAGCUCAGCGAAUCUGUGUUGCAGUCAACUCCCGUGCUCCUCACUUCACCGAAAAAGCAGCCAGUGCGGAGUAGCUUCCUACUUAACCUCGACAAGACAAUAGAAAGUUGUAAAGCACAACUAGGAAUAAAUGAAAUUGCUGAAGAUGUUGAUGGAGGACCUGAACACAGUGAUUCUGAGGAUUCAGAAAAAUCAGACACCACUGAUAGUGAAUAUGCCAGUGAUGAAGGGCCGAAACUAAACAAUGGACAAGAGGAAGGAGAGGAAAAGGAAGGUGUCAGGGGUGAGAAAGAUUCCCCUUUUGUGAAAAAGAAGCCAAAGCAGGUAAUGGCUCAUGAUGAAGUAAAGCAAGAGACAAGUCCAAAUUCGGCUAUGGGUAAAAUUGAAACCACUGGGCAGGAAAAGACCAAUGGGGACCCUGACAAAGAACUUGUUGAGAAAAUGAAAAGUCUACAUCAGGCAGCAAAGGAGAAACUCGGGAAUAAAGAUGAGACUGACUCGCCAACAGUACACUUGGGACUCGACUCUGAUUCUGAUUCUGAGAAUGAACUGGUUAUAGACCUGGGAGACGAAAGUAAAGAGGCUAUUCGAGAAGGUAAAAAAGGGGAGAAAAGCAAAAAGGAUCAAACUCUAACACCGGCAUUGAAGGAAUCACCAUCUGCAUCAAAUACAGAAAGUAAAGCAUCGCCCACUUCAACUGUGGCCAGUCAACCGAAAGGUGAGGCUGUUUCUUCAGUACCUAGUCUCCCAAGCCAGACCCCUUCAACCAGUAUUACAACGACUGCCAGUGUUGUGCCUACUGCCACAGUUCCAGCUGUUCCUGUUAGCAAUAGUCCGGUUAAAAAACAACGGCCUCUGUUGCCAAAGGAGACUGUUCCAGCUGUUCAGCGUGCAGUGGUGUGGAAUCCCUCGACAAAGUUUCAGACUUCCUCACAGAAAUGGCACAUGCAGAAGGUACAAAGACAGCAGCAACAAGUACAAGCGCCACAGCAGCAGUCUCAAACCACAGGGACACGGUACCAGACAAGGUUGGCUGUGAAAGCUGUGCAGCAGAAAGAGGCAACCCUAGCAACUUCAACAUCUUCUAUCACUUUGGUUACAAGCAGUUCAUCUACACCGGUGGCAGGCAGCAGUUCAGCAGUGGUGAGCACAGCUUCCAGUUCAGUCUACAGUACUGAUUUGCCUAUAGUUACUCCAUCUGCUGAUGUCGCUGCUGACCUUACAAAGUAUACAAACAAGAUGAUGGAAGCAAUAAAGGGAACAAUGACUGAAAUCUACAAUGAUCUUUCUAGGAAUAAUUCUGGAAGCACGAUAGCAGAGAUUCGACGAAUGAAAAUUGAAAUUGAUAAACUGCAAUGGUUGCAUCAGCAAGAGCUAGCUGAGAUGAAACAUAAUCUUGAGUUAACAAUGGCAGAGAUGCGACAGAGUCUUGAGCAGGAAAAGGAUCGUACAAUCACAGAGAUGAAGAAGCAGAUGGAGGCCGAGAAGCAGCAGGCUGUUGAUGAAACUAAGAAGAAGCAGUGGUGUGCAAAUUGCAGGAAGGAGGCCAUCUUCUACUGUUGCUGGAACACCAGUUACUGUGACUAUCCUUGCCAACAGGCACACUGGCCAGAGCACAUGAAAUCUUGCACUCAGUCAGCCACUGCAACUCAGCAGGAAACUGAAUCAGAAGUGAAUUCUGAUGCAUUAAGUAAGAAUGCACAGCAAGCCCCCACAGUCCAACAAUCACCAUCGGAGAGCAAAGCCAGCCAAAAUGACAAGGAGCCAGGCACAGAUAAAAGCAAGGAAAAUACUAUGCCAGUUGUCGUGACUCCAGCAGUUGGUGCAAUUGCAGUGCAGCCAGAAGUCCAGUGCACUCAGACCACAAUGCCUGUCCAAACCCGCAGAACCUGAAUGCCCUAGAUCUUGUUGGAUGACAUUUGAAGAAGGCAGCAUUAUGGAUCAAGACUUUGCAUGGAGAAUUUGUGAAUAUUGCCCUCGCUCUCCAAUGAAUACAUACAUUGCUUAUCUGCUUUGUACAUAACAUACAGAGCUUUCAUGACACUACAUUCUUGCCUAGCAUUAAAAAAAUCGAGAAGAAUCCAACCUGAAGUCUUCAGAAUAUGAUCACAUCCCGCAAGCCUUUCAUCUUUUUUAGAAUUUGUCAAUUCUAAAGCUUCAUCCCCUUUGUAUUUUCUUUUAAUAUGACUUAAUGGAAGAUUCUAGACUCUAGUUUCUGAAAAUGUAGUGAAUUGGGGAACGUAUACAGCAUGCAAUAAAAAAAGCCUUUAGUAGUUGGACCACAGCAUAUAAUAUUUAUAUGUAGGAGUCUGUGAAACCCAGUGACGUAAUGAGCAUGAAAUGGGGGGUACUUUUGGCAUUUCUAAUGAAGGAGUACAACAUGGGGAGGUACAUCUCGCUGCUCAUUUAUUUUCCUCUUCUCCACAUGUUAGCAAUUGUUUGCUCUUGGUUACAUAUGACAUUUGAACACAAGGAGUUUGUGUGUAUAUGAGAUAAUCCUUUAUGUUCAGAAUGAUGCCAGUGCUUUUCUGAUGUGUAUAUUUUUGUUUUUUAUUUUUCAUCCUGGUUUAUAAAAUAAGCAGUUUGUACAGUUUUCAGCCAGUCCUGAUGGGUAAAUGUUAUUAAAAUAAAAAGUUUAAAAAAAUUGACACUAUAGUAAAAUUACCAUUGUUUUUUGAGAACAUGACUUGCUAGCCUAACUUGUGAAACAGAAUUGCUUUUAGCAUAAUGGAAGUAUUUUUUCACAUUUCUUUGUACAAAGU